AUAUUUUCUUAGUAUUAACGAAGGGCAAACCUUUCAAAAGAAGAAUAUAUUAAUUAGUUAUCAGGCAGUUUAUGAAAACUUAAGAACAGUAAAAAAGUAGGUUCUCAAAACUUAGGUUCACGAUCAUAUAUAGUACUUUAUCCCACGUGAGACGAAGUGCGGUCCAUUAGAAGCUUAUGAUAUCUGAUGUAAAAUGACGUAUCUAAAAUAUCACAUGGAAGAGUACAUAUAAAUCUUGGUUUAUCAAAUACGUUAUUUAUAUAUACUAACUCUUUCAUAUGAAGUACACAAAAUAAUUUUAAGAAAUGCUUUAAAACCCUAAUUCGUCUCUAUAAAAACCAAAACCAACUUCACACAAUCACAUAGAAACCUUUCAUUUACAGAUCUUUCUUCCUCACCAUCAUCUUCUAAGCUAUAAGUGAUGACAACCAGAGUCAAUGUCUUGUUUAGCUUCCUAUUUAUAACGAUAUUUCUCAAUAUUUUCAACAUAAACCAAGCAAGACAACAUAAAAACCCUAGUUCUUCUUCAUCAUCAUCAUCAUCAUCAUCAUCAUCAUCAUCAUCACCAUCUUCCUUUCUUGUUCUUGCCUUGACCAAAUCAAGUGUUUCUCUUCCCACACCAAAGUCUGAAACCCAAGAAAGGAUCAAGAAGCCUUUAGAAUCAUCAAUAGGUGCUGUAAUGGAGCCGUUGAGAGAAGUGAGAGAUGGUUAUUUGAUAACCUUAAACAUCGGAACACCUCCACAAUCAGUCCAAGUGUACAUGGACACAGGAAGUGAUCUCACUUGGGUCCCAUGUGGGAAUCUAAGUUUUGAUUGCAUAGAUUGUUACGAUUUCAAGAACAACAAUCUAAAAUCAUCGUCAACCUUCUCUCCUCUUCACUCAUCCUCAUCUUUUAGAGCCUCUUGUGCUAGUUCUUAUUGCGUUGAGAUUCAUAGUUCAGACAAUGCUUUUGACCCUUGUGCAAUAGCUGGCUGCUCUGUGGGUAUGCUUCUCAAGUCCACUUGCUUAAGGCCGUGUCCCACCUUUGCUUAUACGUAUGGUGAAGGUGGUCUUGUCUCUGGGAUACUAACCAGAGAUAUAUUGAAGGCUCAAACCAGGGACGUCCCAAGAUUUUCCUUUGGGUGCGUUGCAUCAACUUACCACGAACCUAUAGGCAUUGCCGGAUUUGGAAGAGGUUUGCUUUCUCUCCCAUCGCAGUUAGGGUUUGUUCAAAAGGGAUUUUCUCAUUGUUUCUUGCCUUUCAAGUUUGUCAACAACCCUAAUAUCUCAAGCCCUUUGAUCUUAGGAGACUCUCUUUUAUCCGGCAAUCUCACAAACUCUUUGCAGUUUACCCCCAUGUUGAAUACUCCAAUGUACCCUAACAGCUACUACAUCGGCUUAGAGUCCAUUACAAUAGGUACAAAUGUCACCGCUACACAAGUUCCCUUAACGUUGAAACAGUUUGAUUCACAAGGAAAUGGAGGAAUGUUGAUCGAUUCGGGUACAACUUACACACAUUUACCCGAUCCCUUGUACUCACAAAUUCUCACAAGUCUCCAGUCAACGAUCACAUAUCCUAGAGCAACGGAAACAGAAUCAAGAAUAGGCUUUGAUCUAUGCUACAAAGUGCCAUGUCCUAAUAACAAUCUCACUAGUCUCGAAAACGAUGCAACGAUGAUGUUUCCUUCGAUCACGUUCCAUUUCUUGAACAAUGCAGCCUUAAUUCUUCCACAAGGCAACUCGUUUUACGCAAUGAGCGCACCUAGCGACGGUUCGGUUGUGAAAUGCUUGUUGUUUCGGAACAUGGAAGAUGGAGACUACGGUCCGGCCGGGGUUUUUGGGAGCUUUCAACAGCAGAAUGUGAAGGUUGUUUAUGAUUUGGAGAAAGAAAGAAUAGGGUUUCAAGUUAUGGAUUGUGUCACAGAAGCUGUUUCACAUGGACUUUCCAAGGUUCGUGAACAACAACAAAAAUCAUCAAUCUUUUGAUGAGUUGUUUUUCGAGUUUUUUUCUCUGUUUGUUAUAUGUUAUGUUAUGUCUGUUUGUGUUUGUUGGGUUAUUUUCUUUUGAUUAAGUUAUGUUUGUGACUUUAUAAUUAAGAGCCCUUUUUGGAAUUAAUGAUUAGGGUUUUUUGAGCUGGAGACCUUAACCAAAUAUAGAGAAUGAGUUGGGACUUUUUCUUGUUUUAGUAAUUGAAUGAGUUGGAACUUAUAAUUAAGGAACAUGUCGUCGUGGACUACGAGGUGUAUUAUACAUCGAAAUGUAUUAUAUAAGAGGACAAAGCUACAUGAUCUGUUAACGCAUGAGAUGUAUAUGUGCACAUACAUAUACUCAAUAAUGAUUAUAUUGUGUGUCAAACAUAUAAACUAAUAUUUGGGGGAAAACAUAUAAACUAAUGAGGAUUGGUGUGCUUGAAAAGAGAAUCCUUUUUAUUUCAGCGUUUUCAAUUACACCAAUUUACAAUUUGUACCUACGUCACCUUUUAUUAAUUUCUCUAUGAAUUGUGCCAAUAUAAAAUAAAAAUAAAAACAAAAAUAAAAUGAUAAGUUCUUAAGCUAUCUUACAUCUACCUGCGAUUUAUGAUUUAUGUCACUCAACUACUCAUAGACAUUUCAUUAAAAUUAAUUUAGUAUUUACUUACAUAUACAACUAUUUAAUAUAAUACACCAUCACACAUUUUAUUUUAUAUAUUCUAUUUUUUAAAUAAUACAAUCUUAUAAAAUCUUUUCAUUUUUUAAUUUUUAUAAUGAAUUAAAUUUGUAAUUAUUAUUAAAAAUGUACAUAAAUAUUAGCUCAAUUUUAGUUUGACAAUGAAAAUGAAAAUUAUCUUAUUAUAUUGUUAAGAACAACAAUAUAUUUUAUUAAAACAAAAAAAUGGUAUAGAACAAACCUUAGCCCUGAACAUUGUAAAAAAAAAACAAAAUUGAGUUAUUUUUUAAAAAUAUGGUUAAUUAAUUUUCAUACAAAUGUAAAUUAAAAAAAAAUUAUUUUAAAACAUAAUGCAAUAAGCGCAAAACUAAAAUAUAAAGUGAUAAGUUUCCUUAAACAAUCUUCAAUUCUAACUAUGUUUUUUUUCCCAUUGGUAUAACAACACAAAAAAAAAUAUUUCAUAUAAAUUUUAAUUUGUUGAUAUUAAUGAAAAAUAUGUGUGAAGCUCGACUCUGACUUUACUAUUAAUUUAAAGGGGUGUUAUUGGAUUGUUAAUUUGACAUUAAUUUUCCCUUUUGGUACAUGAUUGAUCUCUGGGUUGAUAAAGUUUUGUUUCAGGGUUUUAAUAUCCUCCAAGUAAGUUGUAAAAGCUGGUCAUUUUUCCGAUUCCGAAACCAUCUUCACCAAUUGAAAACAAUCUGUUGCAAAUAUGACCUGAAACUGACGCAAAUUCCUCAUAUAUUCCAUUAUCCAUAUAAAUGCUUCCACCGAAUGAAGAGGUGAGAGACUAGUCCAGACGUUUUUUCCCCCAUCAAACAGGCAAAACCUUCUAAUGUACUAUACCAGCCUCGUCCCAAAAAAAAUCCAUCGACUUUACAAGAUCCAUCUGUAAAGCACCAUCUCCCUGGAAUCAAUGGUAAAUUCAUCACCUCUACUUGUUGUGCUUCCCUCUGUGUAUGUAAUACUUGCGCCUCGGCCCAAAGGAUUGAUUAUGUUUUGGCUAUUUUUAGUGUUUCCAUGGGUCAAUAUCCAAAUUACCAAAAAGUUUGUUGUUUUUUUCCUUUCCAAAUAUACCACAAUAUCCACGCGAGUUGGUGAUCAUCCAUCUGUGGAGAAACUCUCCAAAAAAGAUGAUUCAUAUUUGUGAAUAGAGAACUAGUUGUUGGGGUCAAAAACGGUUGCAACGAAGUUAACGUCAAAAUCCCCGAAGAAG